AUGCGAGUGACCGCCUCAUUACAGUCCACGAAUCCGGCCGGGCCGCAUCUGUUUCCGUCAGGCCUCUUCUUGCUGCGUCGGGCUCGGUCCAGCGUUUUCAAGCUGGACGAAGAAGAGACGAGUGGGCCCGUGGGCCCAGCCUUGGUGCUGAGACUCAGAACUUCUGGCCUUGCAGAGCACAGAACAGAUAGCAACACAGGUUCUUCAGACGGACACCUCAGCACCGGACAGUGCCACUCACACAAUGAGAGUCUCCCAGCGUGCAACGACAACAGGAGAAAAGAGGAGGAGGACAACAGAGGAGGAGAGGGCAGUGAGGAGGACCAAGAAGAGAGGAGCAGCGACGAGGGCUUCAUGGGCAUGACGCCGCUUCUGCAAGCUCACCACGCUAUGGAGAAGGUGGAGGAGUUUGUACACAAGGUGUGGGAGGGUCGGUGGCGUGUCAUUCCUCACGACGUGCUCCCCGAUUGGCUGAAGGACAACGACUUCCUGCUCCACGGCCACAGGCCGCCCAUGCCUUCUUUCCGCGCCUGCUUCAAGAGCAUCUUCCGAAUCCACACGGAGACGGGCAACAUCUGGACGCACCUGCUAGGCUGCCUGUUCUUCCUCUGCCUGGGCCUGAUGUACAUGUUCCGACCCAACAUGUCCUUUGUGGCGCCGGUCCAGGAGAAGGUGGCCAUCGGGAUGUUCUUCCUGGGCGCCAUCCUCUGUCUGUCCUUCUCGUGGCUCUUCCACACCGUCUACUGCCACUCGGAGGGCGUGUCCCGAGUCUUCUCCAAGUUGGACUACAGCGGUAUCGCCUUCCUGAUCAUGGGCUCGUUUGUGCCGUGGCUCUACUACUCCUUCUACUGCUCCCCUCAGCCUUGCUUCAUCUACCUGAUCGUGGUGUGCGUGUUGGGGCUGGCCGCCAUUACCGUGUCCCAGUGCGACUUCUUCGCCACGCCGCAGUACAGAGGAGUCCGAGCCGGUGUGUUUGUGGGCCUGGGCCUGAGCGGCGUGGUGCCCACCCUUCACUUUGUCAUCAGCGAGGGUCUAAUCAAGGCCACCACCAUUGGACAGAUGGGCUGGCUUUUCCUCAUGGCCACACUCUACAUCACCGGAGCCUGCCUGUACGCCGCUCGCAUCCCAGAGAGGUUCUUUCCUGGCAAGUGCGACAUCUGGUUCCACUCUCACCAGCUGUUCCACAUCUUGGUGGUCGCCGGCGCUUUCGUUCACUUCCACGGCGUCUCCAACCUGCAGGAGUUUCGCUACACAGCCGGAGCGGGGUGCACCGAGGACGGCAUGCUCUAACACGCACGCACGCACGCACGCACGCACACACACACUCACUAUUCACUUGUACCUUACUACAGGGAGCCAGCGCUUCUUUCUAAUAGCGCACACACUCGCUAAAGUGGCUCACUGUGUCACAAGUUGGCCUUGCAGGAGACAGGAGAACGUUCUAGCGUUCCAUCUCGACCGCCUUUUGCGGCUGUUGCGUCAACUCUAAAAGCACUUCUAAACCACCUACAAUAUCGACACAUUUUGGACAUUUUCAUGAUUUUUAUUGCGGAGGCAACAUUUUUUCUAUUAAAAAAGGACAUUUUGGGGUGUGCUUGUUUGUUUGGAUGCUGUUUUCUAAUUCAUACAAAAAAAGAACAAAAAAUGUACUUGAAUAUCUUCCAUGAUUGUGAAGGUCACGGGUGGGGGGGGGGCGCUCUUCAGGGUGGAUUUCAUAGUCACUUUUAAAUAAAAUAAAAAAAAAAUAAACUUUUCCAUGUAAAUAAGAUUUCUAAAUGUGGGUUAUAGAUUUGUAUGAAAUAUAAAUAAAUAAAUAUAUAUAUAUAUAUAUAUAUAUAUAUUCAAAAUGAACAAAAAAAUAAUAGCUAUGUUGGUGAGGAUAGGGGUCGCUGCAGUUAUUUCACUUAUGCAAGAGAAGAGGAGUUGAACUUUUAAAACAGCCCAGUCACUUUUUUCUCAUGUUUGUGCUUGGAACCAAAUCUUAAGUUAGCGCUCAGACUGAAUUCUUAAUAAGUAGCACUUUUCAUUCAUCUUGUUUUUCUGUUCUAUAAGCCACCAAUACAACCUUUUUUUUUUUUUUUUUAUCAAGGAGAACCAGACCAAAAAAACACAGAGCGGUUAAUUAACAUGAAAAGAUACCAAUGGACUGCUGAAUUGUUCCUACCUAUCUAACGUUGACAUGUUAUUGUUCUCUUGUUUGGCAUCAAUUGGUGAUACAUUGAUUUGAUGAAAAAAUAUGAUUUUCUUUCUCAUGAUGGAUUUUAUUCUAUUGACUUUGUAUUAAUUUAUUGCAAUUGGGGCGUGGUUGUAGGUUGAUGGGAGUGUUUGCUUCACAGACCUUUACAUCUGCUGUAUUGUUCUAAUAAAAUGCUUUUUUGGAAUUGUACUUGCUGUGUUGUUACAUUUCUUAGCUACGGAGCACCCGGGGGGACCUGGAUAAAAAGUUAUACAUAAAAAAAUUGCGAGAGCUCGCAAAACAUUUGCUAGAUCUCGCAAAACUUACCUUGCGAAAUUUUCUAAACUAUGUGAAGCUACUUCUGCCGUACAUCACAAACAGGAAGUCUUGCUCUUAUAGUUGUUACACACUAACGACACCUUUUCUCGCCAUUAUCAUCUGUUAACGUCAAUGAUGACACUUUGAUCAGGAAUUAUGAUUAGACACUUUACGCCUACUGUCAAAUAUGUGAGCUACCGUUAGGCAAGCACUUGUUUCGAGUAGGAUCGGUCAGUGACGGACACAUUUCCUGCCGUCUGCGAUGUGGAGAACAGCGAGUGAGCAAGAUGGAGGUGUUGCUGUACUUCUUGCUGGUCUCAGAGCCCAGGGUGACAAACCGGAGCAGGAAGAGGGACAGGCUGGAACACCAGAUGACUAACUCCCAGUUGUAGUGACACUCCAGGAACGUUUCGUGCACAUGCAGCAACUGCAACAACAGCAAGAUGAAGACCACAGAAAGUGUUAACAAGAAGGCAGAGGACACAAUCACGUCCACAGAGCGCUGAGGACCUCGACGCUGCAACACAACAACAUAGAGGACACACAAUGAAGACAACAAGUCCAGUGACGAGUCCAGUGCAGUGUGAUAGGUGGUGUCACAUGACGACACGCCCCCUUCCACCUCUCCACGAAACUGCGUAUGAGUCUUGAAAUUGUGUAAAUGGGUCCAGUAAAAGCAGACUUAUGGUCAACAAGGUUCACCAUGAUUUAGUCAUUGUGUCGUCGUGUUUAUUCAUCGCUUGGAGAUCGUCAUCAAUCAAAGAAAGCAUUAGACGCAGUUGGGCAGCAGAGGGAGUGGGGGCAUGGUAAGCCAACACUGCCAUCAAGGAUGUCAAAUAAUGAUUUGGAUUUUUUUUUUGUCUUUGAAGUUAAAUAUUUAUGAUAAACAUUUUAUAUUUGCAUUCUCAGUUCAUUACACCCAUUAAGCAUUUUUACAGGAAAAAAAUAGCCAUGCUUUAAUGUGUAAGAAUGUCAACUAGGCUGUACUGAAAAAAGGUUUUAUGGUGAAAUAUAAAAAGGUAGACACAAAAGUACGUAAAAGCGCUAAAUCCUACCCCAGACUCCUAAGGGUUAAAGGUCGUAGAUAAGAGGUUCACUGACCUUGAGGUAGGAGCGUAGCGACAACCAUAUCUUGAUGUUUUGCACUUUCUUCAGUCGAAAAUGAGGAACUUCUGACUUCCGGGCUCUGCGGGCUGAUGUCAGGUGACCAAACAGUUUGGCAAACAGUAGCCUCUGAAACACACACGCGCACACACACACACAUUAAACAAUCAUUGAUAACACCUUAAAAGAACACAUGUAUUUAUGAAUUGUCACCUGCUUGUAGGUCCUCUCUGCAACGCUGAGCAGGAAGAAGAAGAGCCAGAUGAGGCACACGCGCACCAUGAAACUCACGGUUACCAUGGUGACCACCAAGGCAUCCGACCCGGAGCCGCCGGCCAGUGCCACAGACAGCAGCUCGUUGGCCGAGAGCGUGGUCAGCUGGUCCAAGUCGCGGUGCUGAGCCAGCCUGCACAGGAAGACCAUGUUAAAGAGAAACAUAAACACGUGUCUUUUUAAAGGACGUGCAGCCACCUGUAGGCAAAGGGGGUAAGUCCCAGUGUGACUGACACCAGAUUCCCAAACACCUGGUAACCAAUCCCUGGAGUGUAAAGAUUCACCUGCACACAAAUGUUCAAAUGAGCUCGUAUUCUCUGACCUACAGUAUUUUUCAAUGACAGUGUUUUACUUCACUCACUCGGUUCAUGAUCAUGCCACUGAUCUCCAGGACGGACAUGUCGGCCUUCUUGCACUCGUUGCCCUCCCACACGAUGGCGCUCACCCUCUCCAAGCCUGGGUUGGAGCUGUGUAGCCACGGGGCGUGGCCCUAGGGAUGCAAGAUGUUCGUUACUCAUUGACACAUCUUUCCACUGAAUGAUGCCAAAGUGGUGUUUGACAUACCUGAUGGAAAGGGUCGUCCCUGUAUUCCUUCUUGGUGGGAGGACAUAUGGGCGCGCCUCCACCUUCCCCCUCCGUCUCCGAGGUGCAGGACGACCGGCACUCGGCACAGUGCAGGAAGUCCUCCCACAGCAGGUCCUCUGUCUCUGACUCGUGGCGAGUGCUCUCCGAGUCCUGAGUCCUCAGGCUGGAGCAUCUGGAGCUACAGCUGGUGCCAGAUUUGGGAACGUCCUGAGACACAAAAAAAUGAACGCUAAAAAUAUGGCACACGUGUUUGCAAUUUUCCUCUGCUCUCGGUAUCCUGAGCGAGCAUGCCGAGGUUUUUGGAUCCGCCGAUGGAUUAAAUGUACAAAUGGCGAUGCUUAUCAUACGUACCGUAACUGGCGAGGAGCCAUCACAUUGCAGUCCUUCUACGACAGUUGCGCUGCACAGGUGUCAGGUGUUUGUGUCAAAAUUGAACACCUCCACCCCCCACAUUUUUUCCUUUUUCCAAAUUUGCCAAAAAUCACAACUUUAUUCCUUGUUUUGUUUUUUUGUCAUAAUAUUACAUCUUUAAAAAAAAAUAAGGCCUUUUUUUCUUUGAUAUUUCAACUCUAUGCUACUAAAAUGUUAUUUUUCCUCGUAAUAUGAUGACUUUAUUCUCAUAACAUUGAGACUUUAUUUCUUGUUAGAAUAUGACGUUUUUCUCCUAAUAUUUUAAUUUUUUUCCGGUCGUAUUUCUGCUGGGUUUUUUUCCAUUUCUGCUGCUGCUUUUUUAAAAAUGUACAAAUAAUUCAACCUUCUUCUUGGAAAUCGUCUUCUGGUAAUAAUAUGACUUUAUUCCCAUAAUAUUAUAACUUUUUCCCCAACCUAAUUUUCCAAAAAAUUACAACUUCAUUCUUUGCUUUGCUUGUUUCACAUAUUACGAGUUUAAAAACAACUUUAUUUUCUUUAAUAUUCCAACUACUAAAAUACUA